GAUUUUGCACUGGAUCCAGAAGAACAAGGAUUAAGACGUGCAACGCAUCAUAUGAUUCGUGCGAUGACCGCUGGUAUGGCUGCAAUAACGUGUCGCGACCCUUUAUCAACCACCUUACAAGGUUAUCUAAAACAGGCAUUCAUCAAUUCUCUUCACGGCGUUUCCAUCGGUCCCGAACAGCACAAAUUGAUUGACGAAGCGUCGUUGACGAUCGCAGAAGAUAACGUUGAAUUGGCAACAAAUUUCAUCGUGAAAUCGGCAUGUGAAAAGGCAACACCGGAUAUGGAUAAACGAAUGGAGAAUGAAUUCUUGAUGAGAAAACAAGCACGACAAGAGGGACGUCAGUACGCCGAUCCAGUGGCGUUGGCAAGAGCUCAGUCGUUACCCGAGAAGAUCCGGCCUCGUGUUGGCGCGAUAACUGCUCAACAGAUGGCCAUUUAUGAGGAAUUCUCCAGCAAGAUUUGUGGAUUUAAACCAACAACUGCUGAGGACAUGAUCGUCGAUUAUAGUGUUAUGAAGUCGUCAACGCCAACGACAAUGCAAUCAGUCGUUCAUCAU